CCGACCGACGACACUUCUUGAUCUCCAUCUCAUCCGGAACGCAACAAUCGGGACUUACCUUCGCUGAAUUCCCGCUCUCACUGGGGCUGUCUCGGGUGGAUCUAAAGUCCUGCGAUGCGGCCGGUCACGCUCAAGGCUUCUACCGCUGUCUGGGACCUUUGCGCGCCCUGAAGAUCACUAAGACAUCAUGUCGAGCUGGGCGGCGCUCAAUAUCGAGCCUGAUGAGCUGGUGGAGGAAGAGGUCGACGAUACGAAGGAAAUCCAGAUCGAGGAAGCCCUCAAGCUCUACCAAAAUGCAUUGAAGCUCCAUUCCCAGGGUCCCCAGUUCUAUGCCCAGGCCGCGGAGGCUUAUGAUGCCCUGCUGAACUCGGAGAUCUUCAAAUACCCUGAAUCCAUCUCCGACUACAAGCGCGCCAACUUGCAGGACCCUGACCUUCCAGUUGAGGAUGCCGGGGGCUCGGGUGCCGCCGAGGCUCUUGCCGAGUUUGAUAUUAAUGACUCCACUUCGAGCACUCUUAUGCAGACCAUUUAUCUGGCUUACAAGAACCAUGGUCAAUUUCUGUUAGAUGGUCUACGGGCGGCCUUGGAGGGACUAACUACCGACGCCGUUGAUACCGAGGAACUACCGGCCAAGGUCACCAAGCAGGCCGGCGCGGCUCUGGCAGACUUCGCCGAGGCGCUGGAGCGCGAUGAUUCCGAUCUCAACCUCUGGAGACAGAGCGCAAGGCUCUGUAGCACUCUGCAAAGCUACCGCCUCAUGCGGUACUGCCUGGAAAGCGUCCUGGCAGAUGAUGAGAAUCGUCUGGAAGUCCGCACGGAGCAGCUGGGCUUGGAGGAGACGUUUGCCGAGGAACGUUUGCGCGAGGUUCUGUUGUCAGUGCAGGAUCGACUGUCCGUGUCGCAAGUGCCCCUCAAGAAGCCCAAAAAAGCUCUCCUGAAAUUCCUCAGGAGGCAGGCUGACCCCUUCCCGUACCUCCCCGCACUUCCUCAGCAUCUCGAGGAUAUGCCGCCGUCAAAGUCUCCUCUUUUCCUCCAGAGCGUCCGCCACGAAAUCAGGCCGGGCAGCCCCACGUGGGCUGCCCUGGGAAAAGCUAUACUCCAAUCCCUCAUCGAUGAUGAAUCAGGCGUCGCGGAGAUCGCACCUGGAUCGUCAGUCUUCAUCUCGCUUCCAGCGCCCAGUCCCGAGCUGAGAUAUACCGUAGAAGUCGAAAUUCCGGCCUACCAUCCGCCGGCAGAGGAGCUAAAGUUCGAAAGGCAACAACCCGACCCUGCACCUGCCGAUCUUGACCAGGCUGCGGAUGAGCCACCCCGCGUGAAAUCAGAAGGUCCUGACGAUCAUUCCUCCAUUGAUCAACGCGCGGAGAAGCAACUUAUGGAGUCUCUAGAGACACAGUCCACAGAGCCUCCCAGCCGGGGCAACCAGCAAGACAGCGCAAACAUGGACGACGCCGGUACUCGACCGGUAUCAACAGGGCGAAAGCGAUCUUCGGCGUUCUUUCAGCCCGACGACGUCGAGAAUCUGCGGGCCAAGAGCAGAAGAACACGGCUUCGAGAGUCAGCCGCGCAUGCAGACAAUUCUUCCCAGGCGGUAGACUUGGCUGCCGACUAUGCUAGGUUCUACGAGGACCGUCUGGAAGGGUACGUGCAGGCCGACGACUCGAUGCAGUCUGCUGUUGGCCACCUGUUGGCCAAAUGCGGUAUCGAAGAUCUGAGUGAUAUCGAUGAGCUCAGAAAAGCGGUGCGGGCGAUGGCGGAGCGGAAAGAUACAGCUGAAGCCUCGGCUGAUGAUGAUUCCCGCGAACCCCAUCACCUCGUCCAGGACUUACUAGAGACACUCCGAAACUGGGAUGAAGCAAGAUCCCAGGUCACCUACCAACCUGACAGCCUGUCUACCCUUCAGGACAUUCGGGGAAUGGGAAACUCCGGGCUGGCUAUCUUCUUGGAACACUCGAGAAAGUCGGCCAGGAAGCUGGGGGUGAAGCAGGCACUCACUGAUGAUAGGAACCUUUUUAGUCUCACGACAAUGAUCAACGACGACUUCGUACAUAUUCGCGAUGCUGCCCUUGCCUGGCUUAAAGCCCUGUUGAUGCCGAAAUUCGCAAAGCAUUCCCUAAGUCAUGAUGUGCCGAAGGAGUGGCCUGCUUUUCAGUCCACUUACACAUCGUUGCAGUGGCCAGACUCACUGAAAGAGACUGUGGUACAGCUCCUGCUGCACCAGGACGAGUUUAUCUACAGGAGCAUGCGCGAACAGGUCGAAAGCCUUGAGAACCAAAUCCUCACCCACGGGUCUGAAUCCACUUUUCCGUACACCCUUGCUCACUUCUCAGAUCUGGAAAUGAUCCAAACACUUUUUGAACUUCAUCUUGACAUAUACGCGUCGAUCAAUAAUCCUAAUAGCGAGGUGGAUGGAAGCACGAGGAUCCAGCAGCGUGAGCGCUUGGGGCGAUGGGGUCUCCUCGCACGCACUUCUUUGACACACUUCCUUGACCACAGCACCCCCAGUACUAGCAGCCAAGAGAGCUUCGCUCUUCGCCACAUUUGGGCAUCGACUUUCCAUUCCAACAUGGCCAGCGACAUCCAAAGGGAGCAUGUAUUGCUCUGUCUUGAAGAACUGAAAUUUCUUUUUGAUAGUCUCAAAAAUCCGGUGAUUGGCCUUGUGAAUAAUGCCAUCAUGCCUGAGCUGUCCUCCGAAGCCGUCGACCAAGAAAUCUCAAAGCUCAAGUCUAUGGACUUCUUCAUGAAGAUAUUCAACCCCAACUCGGAAGACCCAGUGGAUCUCAUUGAGACUAUUGAACCUAUCCUCGAGCCCACAUCUGUUCAGUUUGAUGGGGCUGACGAGGAUAACGAGCCAUAUGGUCGGCCCACCUCUCAGAUCGCUGAGAUGGGUUCUUUCCUAGAUCGUGGCGAUGCCACAUUGAGACUGUUCCUCUGGCGAAGACUCCAGGAUGCCUACAAGAAAAUCGAUUAUCCGCCCAAGGUCAUUUCCUGCCACCUACGCAGCAUCGAAAUCAUAAUGAAGGAACUCCAAGGUUCUUCGCAGUCCGAAGAACCCAGUGAGCAUCGCCAAAUCACUCUGCUUCGGUGGCUGAAAUCGCUUGAUGGUAUUCUGAAUAGAACUGUGACAGCCGUGCUGAUGGACCCAGGCAAAGCAUACGAGUGCUUUGACAUGGAUCAUCUGAAGACCUCCAUUGCUGCCGUGGCCUCUCUGACCAGAAUUCUCUAUAGUUUCUCAUUGUAUGAGGAUCUGCUUCGCGUGGGUGUGGUCUCAGGCGCAGAGGUUCGCGGGGCGCUGUCAAGGUCUCUAGAGAGCCUCAAGGAUAGACUACGCGAGAUGCAGGUUCGUUGCUGGAUCUUGCAAUACACGCUCUUGAAAGAAGCCAUGUCGCAAGAAACGGAGCUCGAGUCUUCUGCGGAGGAUCGAAUUAACUACUUGCGAACUGUACAUCAAUGCCUGGGCAUUCGCAAUAUGUGCAAACUGUCUCACAAGCAAUUCUUGAAACUCAUGAGGUCUGAGCUCUUCGCCAUAGGGGUGAAUGACGACACCGAAUGGGACAUUUGUCAGCUUCUCUACGACAUCAAUGGCAUCAAGUGCUCACCACUAUAUGGCGAGCUAGACGAUCACAAAUGUCCGACGGAAAAGCUGGAUCGGACCACAGCUAUCACCAUGGUUAACCUGGUCAUGAAACAGGCUCAGCGGAUGAGCAUCAAGGACCUGUCGAAGUCGGAGCUGAAGUCUACUAUUGAGAAGAUGCAGCAGGCCAUCGGUACGACAAAAUCAUCCCCUCCACUGUCAUACAACAAGCGCAUUACCAAUGCCUACCUGAAGUCUCCAAUCAAUCCUUUAGCGCUCUUCCGAUCCAUUCAAGGUGUAGCAGGUUUAUCGCUGAUCCCGGUGCUUACUGAAAGUGCUAUCAUUGCUCGGAAUGGCUGGUACUUCCUUCUGGGAAAUGCUGCUCUAACCAGAUUCCGCUCCCAGAAACGCUUGAAUCCGGUACCAACCACUGAUCUCGACGAUGCUGUCAUGUGCUUCAGACAGGACAUUGAGCAUGGGACUGCACGAUGGGAGACUUGGUACAGAUUAGGACAGACAUAUGAUUCCAAGUUGGAAGAAGACAUCACCUGGUCUGCUGACAGGAUUAACAACAACCGAGCGGAACUGGUAAUCUGGCAGCGGUAUGCUAUCCAUUGCUAUGCCAUGGCCAUUUCAACAGCUAUGGCGACCUCAGACCCGACACCAGAAACUCGUGAGAUGCUAGCAGAGCUUUUCCACGAUUUUGGGAUUCGCCUGUACUCGUCUUCAAGAGAACCGCUGUCAAUGGGGGCAUUCAGUCUAGCAGAUUUCACGCGGCAUUUUAGCAACGAGGAAAGUCAGCAGAUGUACGAAGGCCGGCCGUUCAAAGAGAUGAGGCUAUACUCCGUGUGGAAUCUAGCCAGCCACCUCCUCAAGCGCUCUCUUGUGGAUAAACCCAGAAACUGGAUGACUCAUUACAUGCUAAGCAAAUGUCUCUGGAAGAUGUACAGCUGUGAUGACGCUGUCAGAGGGACUUCCAAACAAAUCGAACUAGACACUUUACUGGAUUCCCUGCUUGACGCAAUUGAUGCUCUUCCGCAACGCAGAGACUCGCGCUCGGAGCCUAUAUUCGAACCUCACUACAAGCUUGUAACCAUAGUGCACAAGCUGGUUCGGCGCGGGGCGUUAGAGCCCGCCGACGCCAGCAAGACACUUCUCGCUACGCCCUGGUCUCGCAAGGUGCAACCACCGGGAGACAAGGCUUCAUGGAAGCGAUACAUCCUUGAAGUGCUUCGCAACUUGAAGAAUGCGGACAAGUCGAACUGGCACCACCGCAUGGCAUACAGAGCUGCACGGAUCAUUUAUGAAGAUGAUCAAGAUUCUAUUGACGCUGCCUCCGCCGCCAAGAACGAGCUCACACAGCAAAUCUUCACUAAGACCAUGACGAUUCAAGUUUGGCGACCAGAAUUCGAGCGUCCCGGGCGACACUUCGUCUACACGACGCGCUACGCGUACUUCUUCGUCGCCCUACUCGACCAGCUCGAUGACCGCGCCAACCUCGACCAACUUCUCCGCCGCGUACGCAAGAAGCAGGGCGACUUUGUCAACCACGCCAAAUUGUGGGAAGACAUGUGCCUUACCUAUGCCAGCGUGAUCCGGCGUGCGGCGGAUAUCAGCGAAGGCCACGAGGAGAGUGUCUUUAGACCGAUCGGGUGGGACGAAUUUGUCACCAACACGGGGCGCCUCGAGGGUCUGACUGACCUAGCACCCGGAAGUGACUCCCUCCUGGAACUCAUCCGCGACGCCAUUGAGCUGAAGAAACUCAACAACAACCUGAUGAAAGUCGCGCUCCUGGAGGAUCUGAUCGCCGACGUCUACUCCCGCCUGUACCAGAUCAACAUGCCGCAAGUCCUCGAACAAGCACAUGAAGAAAACAAAGAAAAAAUCAAAGGCGACCAUCUCAACGCCGGCGGCAUAAUCAACAGCGACGGCGCCGCCGACAACACCCCCACGCCGCCCACCUCUGCACCGGCCUCGGAGGCGCCCGCCCCGCGUGGCCGCACCAAGGGUAUCGCCCGACGGGACAUCCAGAAGCGAUCCGAGGCCAUCGUCCACCGUAAAGUCCCACCCCGGCUGCCUACCUCCGCCGGCGCCAACAUCUCUACCACCAACCCUGCAACCACCACCGCAACAGCGACCGGUACGCGAAAGACCCCCACCGGUACCGAAUCCGCCACCGCACCGCUCGAUCACCAAACCCACCCCUCCGAAUCCACCACCUCGGCCACUGCAGGGCCAGACAAGAAUAACAAGACCCUCAAAACCGGCGGACUUCUUCUGGCGGAAGGAUUGGCUUCCGGCCAGCAGAGCGAUACCCCCGCUAGUCUGCACGAUAGUGCGGAUGACGAGAGUGAGCUCAGCGAAAUGGACGAUGAGAAGCUGUCCAAGUUGACUUCGGAGCCUAAGCUGCUAUUCCCGAAUCUGCGGGAUGGCUCGAUGGAUCCGGAGUCUGAGUUGGAGGGAAUGGCGAGUGGCGACGGGGAGGAUGCGGAGCUGGGCGAUGGGGAGGAUGAGGAGGACGGCGAGGAGGAUGAGGAGGAGGGUGAUGCCGAUGGAGAACGGGAGGGAGAAGAAGGCGAUACCAUGGUCGAAGAUGGCGAGGAAGAUGAAGGUGAGGGUGAGGGUGACGAAGGAGACGUGGAUAUGGAAGGCGACGAGGACGAAGAGCAAGAGGAAGAUGAGGGCGAAGAGGACGAAGGCGAAGGCGAAGAGGACGAAGACGAAGAAGACGAAGGUGAUGAGAACGGGGACGAGACCGUCGAUGAAGCUGAAGCCGAGGCUGAAACUGGUCCAGUUGAAAUCGCGGGCACGGAUGAUGAUGAUGACGACGAGAACAUGACCUAGCCUGACCUGCGGAUGCUUGAACCGUCUCUCUCUUCUCUUCUUCCGCCGCAGCUAGCAACUUCUCUCUCUCUUCAUCGUGCUUGGCUCUGCCUCAUCUCUUGGUUUAUUAGCUUCGAUUGAUUCCCAUUUUGUAUUUUUAGGCUGGCUGGCUCAUAUAUCUGCCAGGCAACAACAACAACAACAACAACAACAAAUAUCGGCAUCACCAACAGCCACACCAG